AUGAAGCCACGUCCACCGGCGGGGGCGUCGUCUGCUUCCGCCGCGCCGGGCAGGCUCCGGCCGCACCUCGCGCGGCUCGUCUCCUUCCUGAUCGUCUUCGCCGUGGGCUACUCGCUCGGCCUCCUGUCGUCGUCCACCCGGCCGUCACCGAGACCGUCCCAGACGACGAUCAUACGGCCGCACGCCGUGCACCUCACCGACGGCGGCUCCAACGCCUCCCAGGCGGCAUCGAACGGAACCGGCGCGGCGGCCGUGUCGAGCUCGAGCUACCCGCGGUCGCCCCCGCACGAUCUGUUCCGGUUUAAGGAGGAGUGCGGGGAGCCGGUGCCGAGCGACGCCGUGGUGCGGACCCUGCUCGACAAGCUCUUCGACGGCGAGAGCCCCUACGCGGGGUUCCCUCCAAACCACACGGCGGCUCUGCUGCACCCGGCCGCGGCGCGCCCGCGUGGGUGGGGCUCGACGGGCGCCGUGUUCGCGGAACUCAUCGAGGAGGUGCGCCCGGAGGUGAUCGUGGAGCUGGGCGCGUUCCUGGGCGCGUCGGCGCUGCAUAUGGCGGCCGUGUCCAGGAACCUCUCCCUCUCCCCGGCCAUCCUAUGCAUCGACGACUUCCGCGGGUGGCCGGCGUUCCGGGACCGGUUCCGCCGCGACGUGCCCGCGCAGCGGCACGGGGACGCGCUGCUGCUGCCGCAGUUCAUGUCCAACGUCGUGGCCGCGGCCGCGGCGGCGGCGGGAGGCGCCGAGGCCGAUGACGACGCCGUCAGCAGGCCGCGCGUGCUGCCGCUGCCCUUCUCCACGGCGUCCGCGUUGCGCGCGCUGUGCGAGUGGGGCGUGUACGCGGACCUCAUCGAGGUGGACGCCGGGCACGAUUUCCACUCGGCGUGGGCGGACAUCAACCUGGCGUGGGCCGUGCUCCGCCCCGGCGGCGUCAUGUUCGGCCACGACUACUUCACGUCCGCCGACGACCGUGGCGUGCGCCGCGCCGUCACGCUGUUCGCCAGGGUCAAGGGGCUCGCCGUCCGGCCGCACGGCCAGCACUGGGUGCUCUCCCCGAAGCCCCCGCGAGGGCGCCGCGGCGAUGACGCCCGGCGACGGUGA